AUGGAAAAAUGCAAUUUUCACGAGCUGAUGGUGUUAUUCAAGAACUAUGAUGAUAUAUCAACUCGGUUGUUUAGGCUAAGUACAUUCGAUGAUGAUGAAAUUAGCGAGAUUUAUGAAAAUUUGAAAAUGAUUAUUCUUGAACCGAGAAUAUGCUCAGCAUCUGUGCUUACAAAUAUUAUAUUCCAAGCAGCAAAAUUCAAUAACCGGUACUUGAAAUCAUAUUGGUCCAUUUUUAAAAAGUUAUACGAAGAAUACCACCCAAAAUAUAUCAGUGAAUUUGAAUGCGUUUACGAUUACUUCAUUUACAAGGAAUAUGGCGUUUUAUUAAAUCAGGAAAACGAAAAAUACCUUCAAAAAUACGAAACCGAAAAAUAUUCUUUUGAAAUUCAUGAAGAAGGCACUAUUUACAAGGCCAUUAUGGAUAAUGAUGUCAAUGCGCUAAUACUGUUCACAGAACAAGAAGGAUUUGAUAAAGAUCAAAAUACAUCAAACGAAUUAUACCCUUAUAUCGGAAGAGGCCUUUCUUUACUUGAAUUAUGUUGUUAUCAUGGUUCAUCAGAGUUUUUCAAGCUCCUGCGCUCAAAAUUGAAUGCUGAAAUCACUCCGACAUGUCUUAAAUUUUCAUUUUUAGGUGGAAAACCAGACAUAAUGAACGAGUGUUUGCAAUUCCAACGAAUAGACAAAGAUUGCACUGAUUAUGCCAUUGCUUCUCAUAACAUAGAUUUUAUUACUUUUUUGAUGAACCAAAUUGAUUUAUUCAGUUUGUGGUCUUGCUGCGAAUAUUAUAAUCUUCAUGCAUUUUUUGGAUAUUUAGAUCGAACGAAUGAUUUGAUUGGUUGUUUCGUUAUGUCUCCUUGUUUUGGGCUUCCAAGUCUUUGUGAAUAUUUGCUUAAUCAUGGUGCUGAUGUCAAUUAUAAUGAUGGUUCAACGGCUCUUCAUACUGCAGCUGAACUAAAUAUGGCAGAAGUAGCACAAUUUCUUAUUUCACGCGGUGCAAUAAUUGAUUCAAGAGAUACUGAAUCAGAAACUCCUCUUCAUCGAGCAGUUAUGAGAUAUAGCAUAGAAACAGCUGAAGUACUUCUUUCUAAUGGAGCAGAUGUCAACGCUUAUGAUGAGUCCUUUUAUACACCGCUUCAUGAUGCAGCAUUUACUAAUUGCAUAGAAAUAGCAGAAUUACUCAUAUCACACGGAGCUAAUGUUAAUAUUAAAUCUGAAAAUGGGGCGACCCCACUUGAUGAGGCAUUAAGAUUCAAUCAUUCAGAUUUUGCAGAAUUUCUCAGAUCGAAUGGCGCAGAUGUUCAUAGUAAAAAAGUUUAA